AUUUUGUAUUCAUGCGCGCACAUGUUACACGCAUUUUUUGCGGGCAUUUGAACACCGACAUUGCAUGCAGAAUUUAGUUGAUGCACUAUCCGUACCGGGCCACACGGUGUCAAUUUAACAGCAUACUGGUUCACCCACAAACGCAAGAACGACAAUGUACAGGAACGAUUCCGAGACUGGUGAUGAACCACUGCGUAAGCUCUUCGUGGGCGGUCUCCCCAGGGAUUGCGACGUUGAGCAGCUGAAGGAGUACUUUGGUGAGUAUGGCAAUAUCAUCGACUGUGUCGUCAUCAAGGACAAGCAGACGCAGGCCUCCAAGGGCUUUGGCUUCGUGACGAUGUCCACUAUUGAGGAGGUAGACAACGCCUUGUUGUCGGACAAGGAUACCGAGAGGACCCAUAAGAUCGGCGUUAAGGAUGUGGAGGUGAAGCGCGCCAUACCCAGAGACAACCAAGAUCCCACCGCGCACAUCGGUACCAACAAGCUCUUUGUCGCAGGGUUCAAGACCUCCAACCUGGAAGCAGAUGACAUAAGUGCCUAUUUCGGUAACAUGUGCACGGUUGAAAACGUCCACAUCGUGAAGGACAAAGAGACGAUGAGAUCCAAGGGCUUUGGCUUCGUUCAACUGAGCAAUCGGCACAUGGCUGACAAAGCCACUAUCAUGAAGGACCAUAACAUCAACGGCGUCAACAUUGUUGUAAAGAAGGCCGAGCCCAAGGGUGACGAGGCUGGGGGCGGAAGGGGUCGUGGACGAGGUCGUGGACGAGGCGGUGACCGUGGAGGUAGAGGCCGCGGUGGUGGUGGCUACGGGGGUGGUGGCUACGGUGGUGCUAGCUACGGCGGCUAUGGCGGUGGUAGCUAUGGCGGCAGUGGUGGCUAUGGUGGCAGCAGUGGUGGCUAUGAAGGAUACGGAGGCAGCGGUGGGGGUAGUUACGGCAGCGGUGGCUAUGAUAGCUAUGGCAGUGGUGGAUACGACAGUGGCUCUACCUACUCCAGCUCCAGCUAUGGGCCAAUGAAGGGAGGUUAUGGAGAGGGCAACGGCGGGGGCUAUGACAACAGUUACGGAAGUGGCUAUGGUGGGGGCCGUGGUGGUCGUGGUGGCGGAAGAGGAUACCGCCCCUAUUAGGUCAUGUGACUGACCACCUGAUCUCAUACCACGGGAGAUCAUUAUAUGGGACGGUAAUGUUAGCGUUACCCUAUCAAUAAUGCAGUGGGACUUCCUACCUAGUCAUCAUUAAAGCAAACCCCUCUUUCUCUCAAGAAACCGAAACCCCUCAAUGAAUCGACGGAUGCUAAUGUCUCAAGUUUGGCCCCCUUGGAUUAGGCCAGAGAUACUUUACAGAACACUCUGAACGACUGCUUUGAUAAAGCUUGAUAAGAAGACGCUUCAAACUUGCCGACCACUUUUUAAGGCCCAAUAAUGUGUGGUUUAGGAUCUUAAAGAAAUUGUCUGGCACUUGCUGCAGUUCAUCAGGGCAGACUGCUUUAGAUCUUUUAGACAAAGACUAAGUUAUGUUUCGAGUAGAAAAAGCAAGUGAAUUUGCCAACGACUUGGAACAUCUUGACGCAAAAAGAAAAAAUAUAGGUGCUUGCACACUUUGUUGAUAAAGCAUUCAAAAAUUAAACAGCAUGAAUACACAAGAGCUAAGAGUUAAAUAAUUAUGCAUAAAUACUUAUUCCUAUUGGAUGAGCCCGUCACGUGAGUGGUUUAAUUGGUCGAUAAAACACCAGCUGCUUUUAAACAGAAUUCCUUGUUGAUGUUCUGUGCCGCAUCGCGCAGUACACGCCCCGCACCACACUCGUCAAUUUCCACAACAGCACUACGCGCGCGAGGCACAAACCAUAGACAAGGCAAGCAGGGUGUUUCACCAAACAUGAGUUAAAAGUGUUUUACAAAAUCGUUGGAAAAUUCUGAAUUGUUAACUUGUUUUUGAAGGAAAGGUAUUUAUGAAUGGGAAUAAAUACAUGCUUGUAUUUGCUGGUAAUAAACAAGUUCAGUCGACUCUCAUUAUAAAAAGCACUUUUAUAAAGAGGUUCUGCUUAUAAAGAGCAAAUUCUGAGGUCCCAAAUCUCGGGUUCUCUUUGUGUUUCUUUGUUUCGCUGUCCUUUAAUAACAACAUUCCUGUUAUACAGAGGUAAUUUUGCUAGUCCCAUCGACCUUGUUAUAACGAGAGUCGACUGUAUGUUUAAAACCCGCUAGGGGCCUGGUUGCUGAUAGUGACCUUCGACUCGUCUCGGGACAUGAUCCGCGUGCACGCCCCAAGCUGGUUUUAAACACAAUUCCUGCAGUCUGCGCCAUAUCGCAAGGGGCCUGCUCACGGAUAAUGAUCCUCGCCCACUUGCUCCAUUUUUUAGUCCAGGCUCCAAGCCGGUUUUAAACAUUUGUUUAAAACCGUCCAAGCACAUAGUUAUUCCCUUAUUCAAAACAAGAUGCUUUACAGCUUUUAUACCGAAAAGCCCACUUGUAUACUCUCUACACGUACAACAAAUUCACUGCAUUUUUUUUCCCAAGGUGUAAAUAUGGAACAAAUGGAUUUCAAUCGAAUGUUCAUACUUCAAUUUUGUAGCCACUUACGAUUUGAGAUAACAAUUGACUUUAAAGUAUUUUAAUAAUAUUAUAUUCUGGUGAGUAGUCUUGGCGAUGGUAUCAUUAAAUGUUUUGAAAGUCUUUAUUAACGAAAAAAGAAAACGCCACCAUAUUUUGUUUGGAAGCAGUCAUAUCCACCAAAUUCAACACUGACCAUUGAUCAAGUCCUCUCCACAUUAUUAUUUAUAUCGGGCUUCCAGCGGUAAAAACAAAUCAACAUAUUGUAUGCUUUUGUAAAACGUACCCGGAUGACAGCAAUAACUGUCGGUAAAAGUACCCGGAUUGCGGACAAUAUUACAUUUGAUGUUGUCUGGCGUGCCCUCAUCCGGGCAUUUUCGCUGGUUCCCACACGAUCAAGAGCGUAGAAACUCACAGUUGUCAACCACUCAUCAGAGCGUAGCGCGCGCAACCGUCAAACACAAAUGCCCACGCAGCGCGCAGCAGGCCAGGUAUACGCGCACUGUUGUCAAUCACAAAGGCAUGCAGCUUCUUAUAGUUUGUCGAAAUAGGAAAAAUGAAGACAGCGUCUUGAAUUGUACUUCUUGCAAAUCAAGUUGGCCUGAUAUAAAAAAUAAUGAAUGGCUUUUUUAGGGGGGAUACAAGAAUACAUGUAUAUUGCACUCGCUAUGACAAUAUUGCACUCGUGCAAUAUUGUCAUAGCGAGUGCAAUAUUUUCUUGUAUCCACCUCAAAGCCAUCCGAUAUAUAAUUAAUUGGCUCAUGAAUAUUCACAUUGUCUUAUGAAAAUGUAGAACAACUUGGUAGCAACAUUCCAGUUAUAAAUCCUUUUGAAUAUGCAUGUCAUAAUUUGAGGAAAAAAAGCUUUUCAAUGUCCUACUGCCACCGUCCUCUUCUUUCUUAAAUCAUGUACAUAUUGUCAAAUAACAAGCGAUGUUUUGUAAGUUUUGUAUUGUGACAAGUGCAUUCAGUAGUUUGUUUCAACAUUUUGUCGAAUUUUUACUCCGUGAUAGAAGAAUGAUUAAAUACCUCGGAUAAUUACACAGAA